AUGUUACUUCAGGAAGCUAUCUACAAGAAUCUGGAUGGAAAAAGUGUGAUACUGAUUGCUCAUCGUUUGUCUACCGUGGAAAAGGCUGAUAAGAUCAUUGUUAUUAAUAAGGGAAAAGUAGAGCAAAUCGGCACACAUGAUGAACUGCUCAGACAACCCGGUACUUACGCGACGUUGGUUGCACGUCAGAUGAUGGGAGACCAGCGACCACAUCAUCCUCAGCUUUUGUCUCCUUCAGAAUCAAAACCCGUAAGCGUGAUCGGAAGUCAUCAUGGAGGAAUGUCUUUGCUGUCGACAAGUUUCACUCAUUCAGCUAGUAGUGUGACGUCACGUUAA